AUGUUGCUGCCCUCUCCCCUUUCGCAAUAUGUCCGUUCCUUCCAGUCAUUGAGUCGCAAAUGGUCCUCCUACGCCCGAUCAGAACAAAACAAUAGCCGACGACCGCUCGGUCAUCGGCUGAUUGAUGUCCUUCUCCGUACCUGGGACCUGGGAUUCACAGCAUUCGGAGGCCCACCUGUACACUUCCAGAUUCUUCACAGCAGGUUCGUCGAAGGAAAGGGUGGACGAGAACAGUGGGUAGAUGAGCAGACUUAUCAAGAACUCUUCGCGAUCUGUCAGGGUCUUCCUGGCCCUGGCAGUACGAAGAUGUUGUUCUGCCUGACUCUGCUCCACGCAGGAGUGAUACCGGCCCUGGUGGUUUUUCUUAUCUGGAGUCUUCCCGGUGCGAUAGGUAUGUAUGCCCUCUCCGUUGGUGUUGGAAAUCUCAGCCGCACUCUUCCUGAGCCCGUCUACGCUUUACUGUCUGGUCUCAACGCUGCGACGGUUGGAAUCGUCGCGGUCUCUGCGGUACAACUCGCGGAAAAGGCUAUUCGUGACCAGAUCUCUCGCAUCUUGAUCAUCUUCGGUGCCUGUGCUGGCCUCUGCUAUAACAAGCUGUGGUACUUCCCCGUGCUCAUGCUUGGUGGCGGCUUGGUCAUUGCGGCUUGGGAUGGAUGGCUUUGCUUCCAAGUCCAGAGGGCUAAGACUGCUUGGCGAAAUCGACACAAUCGGCCCACGGACUCGGAAGAGGCAAAUACGACCCCCGUUGAGAUGGACUCUGUCACUUCUGGAGCUGUGGAGCGGAGCGAGACGUUACGCUCAAGGAGGAAGGAUGAUUCGGAUGACUCCCCGAGCAGUGUGCCUGUGAAUUUAGCUGUACGGUCGAGCUCAGCACUAUCAACCGAGGCUGAAGUGGCCCGGCCAUCGAAUUAUGUGAUUCGGCCACACCCCCCCUUGGCACUGGAUCUCUUCACCAGCAUGUACCUCGCCGGAACGGUAAUAUUCGGUGGCGGCCCUGUCGUGAUUCCUCUUUUGCGCUCUUAUGUCGUCGCCCCCGGUUGGGUCUCUGGCCGAGACUUCCUCAUCGGUCUAGCCAUCAUUCAAGCCUUCCCAGGACCGAAUUUCAACUUUGCUGUCUUCCUCGGCGCCUUGGCUCUACAAAACUCGCAAUUCUCUACGGUCUUUGGCGCAUUCCUCGGCUGGUUGGGAAUCUUCGUGCCAGGUCUAGCGCUUGCAGUCGCAUUCCAGAGUUUCUGGAGCGUGCUGCGGAGGAAGAAAAUUGCCAUUCACAUCUUGAGGGGUGUUAAUGCUACUGCGAUUGGAUUGGUGUUUACAGCUGUCUACCGGCUGUGGGAGAUUGGUUAUUUGACAUCCCAGAAUAGUGCCGGACAGAGUUUAGCUAAUGAGCCGUGGUGGGUGGUUGUCACUACGAUCUCCUAUGCGGGAAACGCCUGGUUCAAGGUGCCUCCUGCCGUGUCUAUUGUCAUUGGAGCUAUUCUAGGACUGUGUUGGUACGGGGCUGUGGGACGCUGA